UGCAUUGUGGGAGUUUAUUUUUGUAAACAGCGGUGCGUUCAAGAGCUUACGCUAACUGGUUUAGCCUCCAUGACAUAGCGCUUAGUGCUCGACGCAUCGAUUUCACGCUUUUUGUGUAUUUUUAAUACAUUUGCGCGACAUCUCGAACACGACUGCACACACCUUCCUUCCUUUCCUCGUCAUAAAACAACAAAACGAAGAGGAGUGGCCAAUGAACUGAGCCAAAAUGGCUUCGAAGGGGCGUCAGUUUCUCACUUUACAGUGAUUCACCCAAAGUGCGGCUAGCUACUUAGCGAGCGAGCUAACGAGGAACUAUCAGUAGGGAAGGAAACGCGCCGGUGUCAGUUGAACAUGGCUGAUCUCGAACAACACCAAGGGGAGCAGGGCAUUCAAGAGAAAAUUGAACAGACGAGAGAGAGGUUCAAAAAUGAGUUCCUCAUAGAUUCAUCCGACAAAUAUGACCAAAGAGACGUAGAUAAACUGCUGAAGGACAACUCCAUGGUGGAGGGCUACCUGAUGUGGCGACUCUACGUGGUGGACGACGCCUUGAAAAUGAUCGAUGAGAGUUUCCAGUGGAGGAAAGAAUAUGGUGUCAACGAUCUCUCUGAGAGCUCCAUUCCCAGGUGGAUGUUUGAAACCGGGGCAGUCUUCCUCCAUGGCUACGACAAAGAGGGCAAUAAGCUCUUCUGGUUUAAGGUUAAGCUGCAUGUGAAGGAUGCAAAAACAAUCUUUGACAAGAAGAAAUAUGUGGCUUUCUGGCUGGAACGCAAUGUCAAGAAAGAACCUGGGAUGCCUUUGACAGUAGUGUUUGACAUGUCAGAGUCUGGCCUUGCCAAUAUUGACAUGGACUUUGUGAAGUACGUUGUAAAUUGCUUCAAAAUAUAUUAUCCAAAGUUGCUCUCCAAGAUGAUUAUUGUGGAGAUGCCUUGGAUCAUGAACGCUGCUUGGAAGAUUGUGAAGACAUGGUUGGGUCCGGAAGCCAUCAGCAAGCUUAAGUUUGCAUCCAGAUCGGAACUCCCGUCGUACAUCGACCCAGAGUACUUGCCGCCUCACAUGGGAGGAUCGGACCCGUUUAAGUACAGCUACCCUCCACUCCCCGACGAUGACUUCCAAACACCCAUCGGCGACAAUGGACCAAUCGUCAGCGAGGACGAGAUUGAGAGCAAAGAGAGCGAGCUAGAGAGCAAAGAAGGCCUCGAUUCCAGCUUCAACUCAGAGGUUGCCAUCAAGCCCAAAAAGGUGAAUUUCCUGGAAGAAAAUGUCAAGACUGAAGAGAACGAUAAGGGUGACGGCCGAAUCAAAGGAGUGAGGAAGCCCGUGACCACAUUCAAAGGCACUCUGUUGGACAUCAGCCCUGCAGAAGAGCUCAGUUUCGGUUGUGGAGAUACAGAGAAGAAAAGCCUCAUUAUCCUGUGCAAUGUGACCAAAAACCCAUUAGCCUUUAAGGUUCGGACUACGGCACCCGAGAAGUACAGAGUGAAGCCUAGCAGCAGCACUUGUGAACCAGGCGCUUCCAUCGAUAUUGUGGUGUCACUGCAUGGAGCGUCUCAAGCGUCCCCCCAGGAUCGCUUCCUGGUGAUGGCGGCAGAGAUGGACAACGUAGGAUCUCAAGAACUCGCGCAGUUCUGGAAAGAAGUACCAAAACCUAAAAUCAUGGAACACAGGUUGCGAUGCCAUGUUCUUGAAAGCGUCAAACCGGUGGUGAACCCUUUGAAGGAAUCUUACGAUAUAGGAAGCAGCAACGACAUUAACACGAUGCUCAUGCGUUUGAUGGCCUCCAAUUCCCGCCUGGAGCAGAGCGUCAACACGUGCAUGUGGGUCCAGAAAGUUUUAAUCUGCCUGGUCCUGAUUCUGCUUUUACUCAACCUGUACUGCAUCCACCUGCUGAUGUUCUACCAGCAACUAUCUUGACCAACAAAGACCGUUCAAGGGACACAAUUCGGUGCCGACGAUCAAAGACGCUUUUAACAACUUGGCAGCAUUUUAUAAGCUGGAAAAAAAGGUAUUUAUUACUAAAAAAUAUGAAGGAAAGAUUUAUUUUUGUGAUCAUAUUGUAUGUACAAUAUUUUAUAUGAUAUUGAAGAUGUGAAAAUAAACACUUAAUUCACGUAAGUCAUUUUUGUAGCGUGGACAUAUAAGUAUAGAUUCAAUCAGUAAAGUUGCGGUCCUUCGCCGCCAACAGUUUACAUUGCUUCUAAUUAGCUAAAACUACAGAAGCAAUUAGCAGCGGGCACAAGGACACGCGCGCAUUGCUUAUUGUCAAUCUGUUUUAUCUGCGACGCCGAGCAAUCAGGACCCGCGUGAUGAGCGGCCAUUUCUGUUUAGUUAUCAACACGUGCCGUCCGAACGCGGUCGGCGGAUGAGCAACAGUAAUGAGCACAUUCUUGCGGUGCUGAUUACCAUGAGGUUGUUUGCAAAAGCCUCCGAGACCGCCCGCUCUAACCUACUUUGAAGUUUUAACGCUGCUGGAAGUUAAUGGAGUCUUUGGGAGUGGGAAGAUUGUGGGUCUUAUAUGGCUCACCAAAGAAAUAAAAAGCAUUAAAACAUUUGACUCAAAAAUACAUCAUUAGUACUACCCCCACCUUUAAAUUGAACAUAUAAAUUUUAUCCUUCUACUGAGUUUGUCACUAGUAGCGAAUUCAUUCGCUGCUAACCCUCCGAGUUUAAAUGGAUUGAACUUCCAUUGCCGUCAAUGGCAGCCAACGAGCUAACAUAAUAUGUGUAAGUUGCCACUCAGGUUGUUGUUGUUAUUGUGGAGACUCAUUUUGAAGUCUUAUUCUUCUGUCAUUAAUCGACCGAUUGACUUUGCACCCAUGUAGCAUGGGCUUGUAUCAUUACAUUCUCGGAGCCCGAUUUUUUAUUUCUUGUCUUACAUCUUAUAUCUGUCAUGAAUAAAAAAACAAGUCUAAAUGACAAAAUGUUCAUUUUUUUCCUCUCCAUUUUAUCAAGAAAAUGUUUCUGUGAAAUAACUUAGCAAUCAUUUGUCUAAAAUAUUGUAUUAAUCUUGGAAUUGUCAAAAAAAGAUACAUUUCUUGGCAGUGUUGUUUUGGCAGCCCUUUUAAUUUUUGUUUUAGUCUUUAGGAUGAAAAUAUUUACAAGUCUUAUGUCACACUUAGACAAGAUGUAGCGGACUCAGAUGCAAAAUUCAGUCAGAAUGCAAUGAACAACUUACAACUUAGAAUAUCUUUGGCUAUGGACUGGCUUUGGUGGCAUCGAAGGGUGAAGACACUUUGGCACGAGACUAGGGAAUGACAAACAAUUUAAGCAUAUAGAGCCUACCCACGUACCACGUGUUCGCUGUAGGGUUCCGCCCACUUGUCCGUCAAAACAUAGUGUUAACCUAUUACGCCUACGUACAUUUCUCCUAUUUACGGCGUGUUUUUCUGCUCCUUAACAUUAAUAAUCAAAAUGGUGAAGGCGUGUGUGGCUGUUGGUUGCACUAACAGAGAAGAUGGAAGGAGAGACUUGAAGUUUUACCGUAUUCCGAGGGAUCCAAAGAGAAGAGCGAAAUGGACGGCUGCAAUUCGACGUGAAAACUGGACACCCAAAAAUCACCACAGACUAUGUAGUAGUCAUUUUAUAUCCGGUAAGAUGCAUUUAAUAUAUAUUUAGAGGGUUUGGGCCUGACAACCACAAUUAAGAUCAUUGCUAGGCUAAUCGCCGACAACAUACGACGUAGUACGACAUAGUUUCAAAUUCAAGAUGUUUGUGACUUCCCUUUCUUCCACCAUCGUUAUUUUUUGAAUAAUAUUUAGCUGGUACCAAGUAAAAGAAACUGGCCUCGUCUACGGGGCUGACAAAUAACCACAAUUAAGAUCAUUGCUAGGCUAAUCGCCGACAACAUACACGUAUGUAUGUAGUGAGUGCUAUCGCUAAACCAUAAAAACAUUAAAAGCCUUAACUCCAUUGACAAACGACAUGAAAUACAUUAGACUUGACAGUGGAUGUUAGCAAUAACAAAAGAAUUCGAAUUGAAAAUUUCGUAACUCACCUUUCCAAGCACAAGAUAGAUUCCUGCCAAACGAGGACCUGUUUCACCCAACCAGCAACGAAGUAUUUAUAAGUGUCCAAGCUCUUGAAGUUUUUCGUGAGAAUAGGCUGAUUUUGUGUGGACAAGAUCAUUGUAAAUAUCAGCGUAGCAGAUGUCAGGCAGACAGGACGAAGACAGUGGGUCGAAAAACAUCGAUUUGGGCAUCAAAUAUGGAUCUGGCGACUGUAUAGAACGAAGCUUUUCCUCAUAACGCCUUUUAUGCAACAGAUCCAGUGAGUUUGCGGCAUCAGAAAGCACCGGGUCUUCCAUGAAAUGCAUUUUAAAUUGCGCCAUCAAUUGAAAACAAUGCUAAUACAGAGUCGUUUUGACGGACAAGUGGGCGGAACCCUACAGCGAACACGUGGUACGUGGGUAGGCUCUAUAGGAAUGCAGCACAGGUGGGACAAUAGGUAAUCAUAAUCAGACAGGAUAGACAGCAAGGAGGGUGAGUGUUGGAAACAGGAGGGUAAGGCUUCAAAAUAAAGCAGGAAGAGACAACAAUAUACCAAGACAUGACAACCCAAACCCAGGCGUGACAGAACCGCCCCUCUAGGACCGGAUCCCAGACGGACCAGGCAUCUCAGGAUGGUCCCCAUGGAAGUCUGCAAUGAGGCUAUGGUCAGGAAUAAAGAGGUAGGGGACCCACUGUCUCUCUUCGGGGCUGUACCCUUCCAAAUCGACGAGAUACUAGCGUCCCCUGCCCCUGGACCGGACCGCCAACAGCCGCUUGACCUUGUAGGCGGGGCCGGCGUCAACAUCCAGUGGGGGUGGCGGGGGCGGAGUCGGCAGCGCAGGGCUUUCCACCAUGGGUUUCACUUGACUCACGUGGAACGUGGGGUGGAUCCAAAGGGUCCAGGAAGGCCGCAGUCGAAUGGCCGCAGGUCCCACCACUUUGGAGACUGGGAACGAUCCAACAAAGUGGGGUGCCAGCUUCCUGGAUGAGGGUCGAAAAGGGUGAUCCCAGGCGCUGAGCCAGACCCGCUGCCCCGCCUGGUAGGAAGGCGACGUCGACGGUCCGCCAUUCUUUUCAUUCUGUCCCCCUGUCGGGAAAGGACCAGGUGGGCAGCCUCACAGAUGCGCCUCAACGGCGGACCAAGGCGGACGGAGGCAGAGGGAACGGAGACCUCCGGCUCCUGGGCGGUGAAAACUGGAGGGUCGUAGCCGAACACAAAUUUAAACGGUGACAUACCCGUAGCUGAGGUGGGCAGCGUGUUAUGGGCGAACUUGAUCCAGACCAGGCGGUUGCCCCGUGUCGAUUGGUUCUGGGACACCAGGCACCGGAGGCCGGUUUUCAACUGCUGGUUCAGGCGCUCGGUCUGACCGUUGGAUUCCAGAUGAUACCCAGAGGUAAAGCUUGGCAUGGCAAGGAUCAAUUUGCACAAGGCCCCCCAGAAACGGGACACGAACUGGGGCCCCCGGUCAGAUACAAUGUCUUAGGGGAAUGCAUGAACCCGAAACAUCUGCCGCAUCAUGAUCUCAGCAGUGUCUUUGGCGGAGGGCAGGGCUGGUAGCGCAAUAAAGCGGGCCAUCUUAGAGAAUCUGUCGACCACUGUGAGGUUGUGUUGUUGCCUUGUGAGAUCGGGUGUCCUGUGAUUGAAUAUAUAAAACGAUGGUUUCCACACACAUCCAAGCGGCCCGUUUCAUUCAGGAGCAUAAAACACCGCGUGAAAUAUGAAAUAAACAUGCUUUUAGGUGUCAUACGCACUUUAACAUACAGCCGGUUGGCCAAGAGUCUUUCUAGUACUUUGGCUAUAUGCUGCUGGUGGGUGGCUCGGUCAGGAGAAUAGAUCAGAAUAUCAUCUAAAUAAACAAAUACAAAGCGGUCUAAAAAUUCACGUAGAACGUCUGCCAUCAAUCAAUGCCUUAAAGAAAGCAGGGGCGUUGGUAAGACCAAACGGCAUCACAAGGUAUUCAUAAUGGCCAUCCAUAGUGUUAAAAGCCGUCUUCCACUCACCCCCCUCCCGUAUCCUAACUAGGUGGUAAGCAUUCCUUAAGCUUUGUGAACUCCUUGGCUUGUUGCAACUGAUCGAAAACUGAUGACAAUAAUGGGAGUGGAUAACUGUUCUUAAU